AUGGCUACCCCUAGUGUCCUCGCUUUUGACGCUGAGGGUCGGGCCAUUGACUUUGACGUCUGGGUAGAUGACCUGCAGCUUUUCCUACAGUGCGAUAGGGCAGACGGUCUCUCCCUCUUUGACCUCACCUCUGGUGCCUCUCCUGCCCCUGCUGCUGAUGCCGACGCCACUGUUCGCUCACAGUGGGCCACACGCGAUGCUGCUGCACGUCUUGCUGUGCGUCGCCACCUGCCUACCUCUGAGCGUGCGCACUUUAGCCAGUACAAGAGUGCUCACACCUUGUACGACGCUGUAGUUGCGCGCUACUCCUCCCCUGCCACUGCUGCACUGAGCCGCCUCAUGCUACCGUACCUCUUCCCUGACCUUGCUGCCUUUCCCACAGUCGCUGACCUCAUUACGCACCUCCGCACUAGUGACACUCGCUACCGCGCUGCGCUUCCUGCUGAAUUCUGCGCCAAGAACCCCCCCCCCAUGUACAUCACCCUCUACUACAUAGUCACCCGGCUCCCUGACUCCCUUCGCGUAGUCAGGGACCACUUCCUCUCAGUUUGCCCCACCACUCUCACCGUUGACCUCCUCGAGAAGACCCUCCUAGCAGCAGAGAAGAGCAUAGUCACUGUAGGAGCCUCUCGUGGUGACCCUCGCACCCCCGUCUUUGAGGGGUGUUCCCCCUCCCCCCUUUUGCCCUCUGUUGCCUCUGCUGCUGCGGCCGACCUCGUUGGUUUCGAGUCGGUCGGCGCUGCGUCUGCCCCGAGCGGGAGACGCCGCACCGGCAAGGGCAAGGGGGGCAAGGGUGCUGGAGGGGUUGGCGGGGGUGGCGGAGGUGGCGGUGGAGGCAGUGGAGGGGGUGGGGGUGGUGGUGGGAGUGGUGGCGGGGGUGGAGGUGUCGGUGGCGGCAGUGGAGGCGGAGGCGGCGGCGGCGGUGGCGGUGGGAGCGGAGGUGGCGGAGGUGGCGGCGGUGGAGGAGGCGGCGGCGGAGGAGGUGGAGCUGGUCGGGGUGGCGCUGCGCAGAGGGUCGGCUCCGGUGGUGGUCAGCGCCAGCAGCAGCAGCAGCAGCGGCAGCAGCGCACUCGUGACAUCCCCCCCCCUCAGCAGCUCCGUGAGUGGUACGCUGCACGCCAGCGGGGUGGGGGUACUGGUCCGUGCACCUACGUCCUACGCACCGGCGACCGCGCGGGUGAGCAGUGCGGGGGUGCGCACUCCACCCAGCGCUGCUUUGGCCGCCUGACGGACGCUUGGUGUCACCAGUUCCCUGAGGCCACUGAGAUCCCCCGCUGGGGCGAGCUGUCUAGGGCAGGUGUAGCUGUCUUUGACCUUGACUUUGAUGCUAUUCUUGCUGCCAUGUAUGCUGUGACUAUUAGUGAUGAGGGUGACUGUUACCGGUGUUUUCCGCCCGACCCGGGCAUUGAGACUGCUGCUCUAGGUACUGGUGAGGCUGCUGCUCUAGGUGCUAGCGAGGCUGCUGCUCUAGGUGCUCGUGUGUCUGCUCCCUCAGGUGCUGGUGAGUCUGCUCUCUCAGGUACUGCGUCGGCUUCGGCCUCCCACACCUUCACCCUUGACUCGGGGGCUUCUCGCUCCUUCUUUCGAGACCGCACCACACUCACGCCGCUUGGCCGGCCAGUUGCAGUCUCUCUGGCAGACCCCUCUGGGGGUCCUGUCCUUGCUCACUUCUCCACUGUCCUCCCGUGUCCGGCGGCCCCCUCUGGCACCCUGUCUGGUCUUUACCUCCCCUCGUUCUCUACGAACUUGGUGAGUGGUGCUGACCUACAGGAUGCGGGGGUUCACCAGUUCACUCCUGCGAGUCAGCGGGUGACCCACUGCACGGACGCUCGGACAGGCCGACACCUGGCCACGUUUACACGUCGGCCGGAGUCGAGCCUGUACACACUGACCACUGCGUCUCCUCCAGUCACUGCGUCUGGUCAGGUAGCUGCGUCGGGUCAGGUGUUUGCUGCAGCGUCCAGGUCUGGUCCUGAGUCUGCCCCCUGUUCGUGUCGCCUCCUGUCGCACGAGACUCUCCUCUGGCACCACCGCCUUGGUCACCCCUCCCUGAUUCGUCUCCGAGGCAUGGCCUCCCGUGUCCUUGUCCCUGGUCUUCCCCGGUCCCUCCCUCCCCUUCCUCCGGGGCCAGGCCCUACCUGCGUCCCUUGUGUCGAGGGGCGGCAGCGGGCUGCCCCUCACUCCUCCCAGUUUCCUCCGACAGAGGCCCCGCUGCAGACGCUUCACAUGGACGUGUGGGGCCCGGCCCGCGUCCGUGGACAGGGUCACGAGCGCUACUUCCUGCUGGUGGUUGACGACUACUCGCGUUACACCACAGUCUUCCCCUUGCGCAGCAAGGGUGAUGUCACUGAGGUGUUGAUCGACUGGAUCCGCGCAGCUCGUCUCCAGCUCAGGCAGAGCUUCGGCUCGGACUUUCCUGUUCUGCGUCUGCACUCUGACAGAGGUGGAGAGUUCUCCUCUGGCCUUCUGCGAGCUUACUGUCGUGCACGAGGCAUCCGCCAGACCUUCACGCUUCCGGACUCUCCACAGCAAAAUGGGAUUGCUGAGCGCCGCAUUGGCAUGGUCAUGGACGUCGCCCGUACGUCCAUGAUGCAUGCGGCUGCCCCCCAUUUUCUGUGGCCGUUUGCGGUUCGGUACGCGGCGCAUCAGAUCAACCUUCACCCCAGGGUCUCCAUGCCGGAGACCUCCCCAGCUUUGCUGUGGACGGGGAAGGUUGGCGAUGCGUCUGCGUUCCGUGUCUGGGGAUCUCGGGCGUUUGUCCGCGACUUGUCUGCGGACAAGCUGUCCCCUCGUGCUGCUCCUUGCGUCUUCCUUGGCUUCCCCCCUGACGCGCCAGGGUGGCAGUUCUACCACCCCACCUCUCGCCGUGUUCUGUCCUCCCAGGACGUCACGUUUGACGAGUCGGUCCCCUACUACCGCCUCUUCCCCUACCGCACUCCGUCCCUCCCCCCGCCACCGCUCUUCCUUGUGCCAGGUCCCCCCCCGGUAGACCCCCUCCCCCCUCAGGGUCCUGCCCCUUCAGGUGUGUCCCAGGUAGACGCCGUCGAGCCUGUCGAGGUUACUGGUGACUCUGGUGCUGCUGAGGGUGCUGAGCCUGGGGGUGCUGACUCUGGGGGUGCUGAGCGUGUGGGUGCUACGCCUGGGGGUGCUGAGCCUGAGGGUGCUACUCCUGGGGGUGCUGAGCCUGGGGGUGCUGAGCCUGCGGGUGCUACUACUGGGGGUGCUGAGCCUGGGGGUGCUGAGCCUGGGGGUGCUGAGCCUGGGGGUGCUACGCCUGGAGGUGCUGAGCCUGGGGGUGCGGAGCCUGAGGGAGCUGGGCCUGCUCGUGUGGCUGGCGCCGCUCACCCGACGCCGGGCGCCGCAACGCCGACGCCGUCCUCGGCAGACUUCCCCCUGUACUUCAACAUGGGCCGUGGCCUCACCUUCUCUUUUGACGAGAAGGACUUCGCCGUGCUGCGCGCCACGAAAAAAGACUUCAACGAGCCUUGCUUCGCACUCGCGCUCAAGUGA